CGGGGCGGCGCGGGCGGUUCAGCACCAGGGAGAGCGCCCGCACCGCUCCGCACCCCCCGCGCCGCGCCGAGCCGGGCCGGGCCGCGCCGGGGCCGCAGAUGGGGCCGCGCUGAGUCGGGCGGGCGGCCCGCGGGCCGGGCGGGCGGGUGGGCGCGGGGGGCCCGGCGGGCUCCGGGCCGCCCGUGGAUGAGCACCAUGCGGCUGCUGCUGCUCGCCCUCCUCUUCUCUUCCUCCUUCGCUCGUGCCGGCUGCGACCCCAAGAUCGUCAACAUCGGCGCGGUGCUGAGCACCAAGAAGCACGAGCAGAUCUUCCGCGAGGCGGUGAACCAGGCCAACAAGCGGCACGGCACCUGGAAGCUCCAGCUCAACGCCACCUCCGUCACCCACAAGCCCAACGCCAUCCAGAUGGCCCUGUCUGUCUGCGAGGACCUCAUCUCCAGCCAGGUCUAUGCAAUAUUAGUUAGCCACCCUCCUGCUCCCAACGAUCACCUAACACCAACACCUGUAUCAUACACAGCUGGCUUCUACAGGAUCCCUGUCAUUGGUCUGACAACACGCAUGUCUAUAUAUUCUGAUAAGAGCAUCCACCUGUCCUUUUUGCGCACGGUCCCUCCAUACUCUCACCAGGCCAACGUCUGGUUUGAGAUGAUGAGAGUCUUCAACUGGAACCACGUCAUUCUGAUAGUCAGUGACGACCACGAAGGUCGUGCUGCACAAAAGAAGCUGGAGACCCUCUUGGAGGAGAAAGAGUCCAAGAGUAAAAAAAGGAACUAUGAAAACCUCGACCAACUUUCCUAUGACAACAAGCGAGGACCCAAGGCUGAGAAAGUGCUUCAGUUUGACCCUGGAACCAAAAAUGUGACAUCGCUGCUGCUGGAGGCGAAGGAGCUGGAGGCUCGAGUCAUCAUCCUCUCUGCCAGUGAGGACGAUGCAGCCACGGUGUACAGAGCAGCAGCCAUGCUCAACAUGACGGGCUCGGGCUAUGUGUGGCUGGUGGGGGAGCGGGAGAUCUCGGGCAGUGCCCUGCGUUACGCCCCUGAUGGAGUGAUCGGUUUGCAGCUCAUCAAUGGGAAGAACGAGUCCGCCCACAUCAGCGAUGCUGUUGCCGUGGUGGCACAGGCCGUGCACGACUUGUUUGAGAAGGAGAACAUCACAGACCCACCACGGGGCUGCGUGGGCAACACCAACAUCUGGAAGACAGGACCCCUUUUCAAGAGGGUGUUGAUGUCCUCCAAGUACUCAGAGGGUGUCACCGGCCGCGUGGAGUUCAACGAGGACGGGGACAGGAAGUUUGCCAACUACAGCAUCAUGAACCUGCAGAACCGGAAACUGGUCCAAGUUGGGAUUUACAACGGCAGCAAUGUCUUGACCAACGACAGGAAGAUUAUCUGGCCCGGGGGGGAAACUGAGAAACCUCAAGGCUAUCAGAUGUCGACCAAGUUGAAGAUCGUGACAAUCCACCAAGAGCCCUUUGUGUAUGUGAAGCCCACGCAAGCAGAUGGGACAUGCAGGGAGGAAUUCACCAUCAAUGGAGAUCCUGUGAAAAAGGUCUUCUGCACUGGACCCAACGAGACCAUCCCAGGCCGUCCCACAGUGGCUCUGUGCUGCUAUGGCUUCUGCAUCGACCUGCUCAUCCGGCUGGCAGGAGUCAUGAACUUCACCUAUGAGGUUCACCUGGUGGCUGAUGGUAAAUUUGGUACCCAAGAGCGGGUGAACAACAGCAACAAGAAGGAGUGGAACGGGAUGAUGGGGGAGCUGCUGAGCGGCCAAGCAGACAUGAUUGUGGCUCCCCUCACCAUCAACAACGAGCGGGCUCAGUACAUCGAGUUCUCCAAGCCCUUCAAGUACCAGGGACUCACCAUCCUUGUGAAGAAGGAAAUCCCCCGCAGCACCUUGGGACUCGUUCAUGCAGCCUCUUCCAGAGACCCUCGGCUGCUGGUGGGCUGGUCCGUGCGUGUGGCAGUGAUGUUGUACUCUUAGGACCGAUUCAGUUCUUUUUCUUGUUUUCCAGCCCGUUUGGGCCGGUUCAAAGUAAACAGUGAGGAGGAGGAGGAAGGCCUGACCCUCUCCUCAGCCAUGUGGUUCUCCUGGGGCGUCCUGCACUCUGGCAUAGGAGAAGGUGCUCCCCGGAGUUUCUCUGCCCGUAUUCUUGGCAUGGUGUGGGCUGGCUUUGCUAUGAUCAUUGUGGCUUCAUACACUGCCAACCUGGCAGCCUUCCUGGUGUUAGACCGACCUGAGGAGAGAAUCACAGGCAUCAAUGACCCCCGGCUGCGCAACCCCUCCGAUAAGUUCAUCUACGCCACGGUUAAGCAGAGCUCCGUGGACAUCUACUUCCGACGGCAGGUGGAGCUGAGCACCAUGUACCGGCACAUGGAGAAGCACAACUAUGAGAGUGCUGCCGAAGCCAUACAGGCAGUGAGGGACAACAAGCUCCACGCCUUCAUCUGGGACUCGGCUGUGCUGGAGUUUGAAGCCUCCCAUAAGUGUGACCUGGUGACGACGGGGGGAGCUUUCUUUCUUUCUUUCCGCUCUGGCUUCGGGAUCGGGAUGCGCAAGGACAGCCCGUGGAAGCAGAAUGUCUCCCUGGCCAUCCUCAAGUCCCAUGAGAACGGCUUCAUGGAGGACUUGGACAAGACUUGGGUGAGGUAUCAAGAGUGUGAUUCCCGUAGCAAUGCCCCAGCAACACUCACCUUUGAGAACAUGGCAGGUGUGUUUAUGCUGGUGGCUGGAGGUAUUGUUGCCGGGAUAUUUUUAAUAUUCAUAGAAAUAGCUUACAAAAGGCAUAAGGACGCGCGGAGGAAGCAGAUGCAGCUGGCGUUUGCAGCCGUUAAUGUGUGGAGGAAAAACCUGCAGGAUAGAAAAAGUGGUAGAGCAGAACCUGACCCUAAAAAGAAAGCCACUUUUAGGUCCAUCACCUCCACCCGGGCCUCCAGCUAGAGACGUAGGUCCUCCAAGGAGACGCAGUAUCACCCCACCGACAUCACUGGCCAGCUCAACCUCUCCGACCCCUCAGUCAGCACUGUGGUGUGACCUUCUCCCUGAGGGCCAUCAGUCCUUGCCCAACACAGUAGGAAGGCAUAGCCAGGACUGCCUUUCAAGGGACACUGAUGGGUUCUUCUGGGUGAGAUGGGAGGAAAGCAUCCUUCAUCCAUACACAGUGACUCCAUUGUAUAUCUCCCUCCCUUCCCAGGCCUGCUGCCAUGCUCGUGCCCCAGAACGCACGGCAGAACCAGGACACGGUUUGGACUCCACUGUACAGAGAAUAUUGCUUCCAAGCAGAGUCACAAUAAUCAGGAUUGCCACUGCCUGGCUCCAUGCAAGG